AUGGCACCGCCUUUCCUUCCUCCAGCAAAUCCCCAAGAGCGUCAAUACUGGACGGACCCAAUUCUCUGUGAAGAAACCCGAGCCAGGCUAGAGUACUAUCGAAGUCUGGGGCGGCUUCCUCCCAACCACAAACCGAAGAUCCUUGAAGGUAUUGCCGUUGUUGAACGAUAUUGCAUCCAGUUUAAGGAAGAAUAUGUUUACUACCUUCUCUCUGAGGACCAAACCAUCUAUAUGAACUUCUUUGACUGGAUGGAUAGAACUUUCUGUAAGAAGUUUCUUCAGUUGUAUGACGAAUACUGGCGGCGCCUGUGUCAGUAUUUUACCUUGCUUGCCGAACGCCCUAUGAAUAAUGACGUCCACGAACAGUUUCUUAACCAACGAUUUCCUGCUGAACGCAAGAUCUCUCGACGGAUGAAGAAAAAGAACACACUAGAUGUGGGUGUCUUCUGUAUUUUGUACCGCCACCACUGGGUCCAUUCGAGAUUUUUCCGUCAUGGGAGCAUGGUUCUCCAGUUUGCCACAAUCCAACUCUGGUCUUCUAUUACUGGGACCCGACCCGAUGUUGUUCUUCUACAGAAAGCCUUUCUUCCCAAUAACAUAUCUCUGGGCAAACGAAAACGAGGCCUGACUUUUCAAAGCGAUAUUCCGCAAUAUAUGUCCGCUAACGAUCUUCUAGGCUCGGUGUGUUAUCGUGAUAUUGAACUCUUCUACCUUAAGGAUCCGGACAGCAACCGCGAUGUCCUAUGUGCCAUCAUCGAGUUUCGCAACCUGAAAGGCCGGCCUGAAGGCGCUGAUGGAACCAAGUUUUUCAUGCAUGGUGAUUAUCAACUGUCAUAUUGCCCGAUCCUGCAAAUCGUCUCGUACGCCUUUCGUGACAACACCUUCGUCAAUACUGCGCUAUCACCGGAAACCAUAUGGCGGCUCAAAGUUCCGGAUCCGCUUACUUGUCUUCCUUUGCGGUGGAAACCAGAGUUGCUAGAUACCCCCCUCCUUCGGCAUGUCCACCGCACAGAAUACAGCUACGAACUUCACCCAUCUCUACCGAUUGCAUAUGCCUCUAGCCGAGAUGGGCUGCGGGAGUUGGGUCGGGACGCAAAGUUCGAGGAGGAUGUUGUCCACCACAAUUAUCGGCGCUGGGCUACAAACGAGAUGUUGGGAAUAUCCUUUGUGUCUAACGUGCGAUUCACAGGGAAUUUCACCAGUCAGGAGCGGCAAAGAGUGCUCAGCCAGUCAGAGCUCCGGCAAGCUAAGAGAGAGGUGAUGGAAGAGAUGCGAGCCCUGGCUGGUACGAAGACUGGGACUAAAGACCCGGUCCCUCAUCUCUAUCAGCAGCACGAAUCUUUUUCCAAAGACCUUUCCCAACGGAGGAAAACCUUAGCCAAGAAAACUAAGGAAAAUACCAGGAAGGAUUAUUUUUACAAUGCGCCCAUACUCGAGGUCGACAGACAGAUUAACGAACUCCUUGGUCAGGCGGACCCUGAGGACCGUGACGGUGACAGUCCCGAUCAUAGGAAGUGGGAACUGCCUAUCCCUGAAUACAUCUUCCCCGAGCGGGCACGGCUGGUUGAGAAUUUUUACGGGCCGGAUGCAGAGAACUUUGAGGACAACAAGCUUCUUGCAAGACGUAUCCAGACGACCAAAGAUAUGGUUGCGCUCAGUAAGCUCUGUGAGCCGAAUCGGCGGGGCAAUCGGGUCAACUGGGAUUUCGAUGGUAACGAGUCUGAGAAAUCGGAAGAGCCAUUGACCCCCAAAGAGGAGACUCUUGACUGUCCAACGGAUGUUUGCAUCAUCUGUUACGGUCUAUCGCGCCGUUCAGCAUCCAAUCCGCCUCUACAUCGAUUUCCUCCUAAGCGACAAGAUUCUCUCCGUCGUCAUCUCAUCGAUUGUCACCUCGCUAAUGUAACGGCCGGGUUAGCACCUUGGUUGCCUCAGGCGGUUAAGGCGGCUAGGGCUGGGGCUAGCGGGACACGUGGCACGUAG